AUGUACUCGCGGCUCAGUCUCUGACUACAAUACUGGAGCACCUCACGCCGCAGAAAUUAUCAGUGCGAUAACGGGAUCAGAGGACUGAAAAUAAUGUGAUCAACGUCACAAGAGAUGGGUGUCAAAGUUAAACUAGUGUUACUAUUAUUAGUCGUAGGUAGUGUUAUAGGACAGGAGUAUGUAGUGGAGGACGUUGAGAGUAUAAUCAGUGAGACGCCGAAGCCGGAUGACGUCAGAGAGGACGAGAUCGAUAAUGCUCCUGUAGAGGUAGUCCCAGAGACGGAGACGUUGGUUGUGAAGAGUGGGAAGUACCAGGUUCUAGAUGAUGCGUUAUCGGGUGAUACGCCGACCAACCUGGAGGCGGUGGAUUUCAACGCGGGGGACGUCCAGAAUGAGCGCCAGGUGCUCAUAAGCACCACAUCCGUUACUAAUACUGAAUAUGCUCACAUAGACGGGCGGGUUCUGCCAUCAACCACGUACCAGAACAAUGGUCAGCCGUACAUCAUCACGCAGCAGCGCCUUCAGCAGAUCCGGGGGAACUUCCUCUAUUGGUUCUACGACCAGGGGGGAGACGACAACAACGGGGACUACCAGUUCAACAUCCACACCUCCACGCCGCAGAUACACAAGAACUUCAACUUCCAACUGCCCUUCUUUGGAUUCAGGUUCAAUUAUACAAGGCUAUCCAUGAACGGCUACUUAUACUUUAGCGACCCGCCGGACCACUACACGUACCCCCUGUCGUUCCCCGUGCGGGACUGGCCCAGUGUCAACGAUCCCUCCUUCAUCGGCAUAUUCUUCAGCAAGUGCCGGAUCGGUCGAGUGAGGCCGGAGGAUCCGGAUCAACGCCGGCCGGGAGUGUACUUCAGAAUGGAUAGAGACUUGCAGACUCGCACGGACCAACUGGGCGUGGAGAUGCGCGAGCGCAUCACGUGGGACAUCAGGGAGGGCGUGAUCGGCUCCGAGAGCUUCUUCCCCAAGCACGCCAUCACCGUCACGUGGAAAAACAUGUCCUUCGCCGGCGGUAUCGACAACUCGCUCUAUAUGACGAACACGUUCCAAAUGGUGUUGGCGACGGACGAGGUGUUCACGUACGCCAUCUUCAACUACUUAGAGAUCAAUUGGAGCUCGCACACCGAAGCGGGCGGUGAUACUACUACAGGCGAGGGCGGGGUACCCGCUUAUAUCGGCUUCAACGCGGGUAACGGCACACAGAGCUACGAGUACAAGCCGUACUCGCAGGCCUCGGUGUUGCGCGACCUCACCGGCCGGGGCUGGGCCAACGGCUUCCCCGGACGACACAUAUUCAGGAUCGACGAGAAAAUACUCAUGGGCACCUGCAACAAGGAUAUCGAUGGAGCUAACCUUCCUCUAAUGUUCGCGCCGGAGAGCGGCAACAUGCUCGGCGGGACGGUCGUCAACAUAACCGGCCCGUGCUUUAAGCCGGACGACCGGAUCACCUGCCGGUUCGACACGGAGUCCGUAGUGGGCGCCGUGAUUGACGUCAACCGCGCGGUGUGCGUCCAACCGCGGUUCUGGCACAACGGUUACGCGCGGUUCGAGAUCGCCAUCAACAACGAACCUUACAAGUGGAAGGGCAAGUUCUUUGUAGAAACACCUGCAAUGGCUACCGAAAAGAUAUUCUUCUCCGACAACGCAAUCCAUGAGAGAUAUCCACCCGAAGUGAAGAUCACCUGGGACAGGUUUAACCUGACCAGCAACCUCAACGUCCAGCUGCAGAUCAGCCUGUGGGGCUACAAGGAAGUCACCAUCCGUCCGCAGCUGGAGUACAUAGACGUCAUCGAAGUGGGGGUUGCGAACACUGGGGAGUACAUCAUCAACCCCCAGAACUUCAGGAACAGGGAAAACUUCAUGCACGUUGACAUGCAGUUUGGAUUCCUUCAGAUCAACUUGACGACGCCCGUUGUGCAUAACGGUGUACCUAUAUCACCAGUGCUAUGGAGUCGACCGAUUCCCCUCGCCUGGUACUUCGCCCCACAAUGGGAGAGACUACACGGGCAGAGAUGGCCGAACUCCAUGUGCAACAACUGGCUCCGUACCGACCGUUUCCUCAAGAAUUUCGCAGCGCAAGUCCCCGUGUGCCCUUGUACUCUGGAACACGCGUUGUUGGACAAGGGCAGGUUCAUGCCCGACCUGGACUGUGAUAAAGACAUCAAUCCCACGUGCAGAUACCACUGGGGCGGCAUCCAUUGCGUGAAGAGCGGAGGACCAAGUGCGGAGGGUUCAGGCCAGCAGUGUUGCUACGAUAAGAACGGCUUCCUGAUGCUGUCCUACGAUCAGAUGUGGGGUUCAAGACCACACCGAUCACACGACUUCGGAUUCACACCUUAUAACGAGGCUAAUAAGGUGCCAUCAUUGUCUCAUUGGUUCCACGAUAUGAUUCCCUUCUAUCAGUGCUGCAUGUGGCAAGAGGAGCAAGCGGUUGGCUGUGAAACUUUCAGAUUCGAACGCCGUCCGUCCCAAGAUUGUGUGGCGUAUCAGUCCCCUGGCGUUGCGGGCAUUUUCGGUGAUCCUCACAUCAUUACCUUCGAUGAUCUCCAAUACACGUUUAACGGCAAAGGUGAGUACGUGCUGGUUCGCGUGGACCACCCGCAGCUGAAGCUGGACGUUCAGGGUCGGUUCGAGCAGGUGCCCAACAACAUCUACGGCCGCGUCAACGCCACUCACCUCACCUCCAUCGUUGCCGCAUCCAACAACUCCGUUGCUAUCGAGGUCCGCCUGAGACCUCAACAUGCACAAUGGAGGUACCAUCUCGACGUAUUCGCUGACAACAAGAGGGUAUACUUUGACAGAUCGGCUCUGAGGGUCCAAUACUUCCCAGGUGUGACAGUCUACCAGCCUAUGUAUAUCCUGAACCAGUCAGAGAUAGUGAUCAUGUUCUCAUCCGGAGCUGGAGUCGAGGUGGUGGAAAACAAAGGAUUCAUGACUGCUAGAGUUUAUUUACCAUGGAACUAUAUGAACCAAACUCGAGGGUUAUUCGGCAACUGGUCCCUGGACAUAAACGACGACUUCACUCGACCCGACGGCAUCGUGGUACCGGUCGACCUCAACAACUUCCAAUCUACACAUAGAGAUUUUGCACAACAUUGGCAACUCACGGAUCGGGAGCAAAAGGACAUAGGGGUCGCGCUCUUCGUAAGAGAAUACGGUCGAACAGCAGCCUACUACAACGACAACCAAUUCGUGCCGAACUUCAUACGAGAACCGGCUGACUUCUUACCAGCGAACCGAUCCCAGGACGUGGCGAGAGCGAUAGAGAUCUGUCAGGACUCGUACCAGUGCCGAUACGAUUAUGGAAUGACCCUAAACCGAGAUAUGGCGGAGUUCACCAAGAAUUAUCUGGCGUCUAUUACGAAUAUCAAAGAGCAAAACGCGCGUCGUAUCAUCAGUUGUGGCAUUUUGGAGACUCCGCGAUUUGGACGAAAGAGUAACUUCUUCUUCACUCCUGGAACCAGGGUUAACUUUGAGUGUAAUCAAGAUUUCAUCCUGAUUGGAGACAAGCGACGAGUGUGUGAGGACAACGGCAGGUGGAACUUGCCCGACUACGGAUACACCGAAUGUUUACGUAACCAGGAGUAUUCGCAACGAGCCCUAUUCUUAACUUGGGGCGUCAUAUUGGCGGUUAUUCUACCAUUAGGUCUCCUCAUUUGCCUGCUAUGGUUCUGGUGCUGGCACAAACCUAAGUCGGAGGGCAAGGAGGUGUUCCGCUUCCAAGACCUGCCCCGGUCCAAGUCAGCGUCGCGGUUAAAUCUAAGAUCCACAUCGAUGGGAAACAUAACGGACACUAUUAAAUCGUCCACGAUACGUAGUCAGGACUCGGACGUUAAGCCCAAGCUACCCGACACCCCCACGGAGGAAACCCCCAUCAAACCCACCGUAACACGCGCAGCCCCACCUCUCCCCACCGAGCCGCUAGACGGCGAAAGCUCCGGAAUAGGCUACACCGAUUCCAACAAAAGUGACUCGAGUAAAUCCGACAAGGCGAAGAAAAAACGGGCCUACGACAAAACCUACCGUACUAACGAACCCCUCCCUAACGCCCCCGAUGUAGAGUUUCCAGAGAAGCCGUGGGACCUCUCCGAGGAGGACCUCCUAUCCCUCACGUCUCCCUCGGACACCGAGUCCAACCGCGACUCGACUCUCACCCGCCCCACGAACGAUAUCAAGUACAUGGGGCGACCGCGACAAACCGGGCGACACGCGAUGCCCAGCGACUCCGGCUAUUCCACCAAAGACGGAUCCGAGGAUCCCUACUCCCAAAGGUACUCCGGAGGCCAGUACAGCCCGAUACCGUCCCAGUAUUCCCCCACGUACUCCGAGAUAUAUUCGCCUCCCACAAGCCCCACGUCCGACCUCGGGCCGAGGAGUGCCUACACGACCGGCCUUCCGGAGCCGCCGAAGAGUGCUCCGCCGACGGAGAUAAAAACAUUCACUCUCCCUCCUCAGAGAGGGAAGCAAGAGUACUCGAGUCGUACUCUCGGCGCGACAUGGGGCAUAAUAAGUGCCGUGAUGAUGCCCAUCGUCAUCGUGCUCAUCUGCAUCGGCUGGCGAAUCCUGAAAAGGAAGAAGGAGGAGGAGAAAGAGGAGAACGACUUCUUGACUAUCAAGAGCCGACCGAUAGAUCCAGAUGAAUCGUUGAAGAUUAAUUCAGAUGACGAGUCCAUUCCCUACAAGAAAGACGUGACGGAGGACAGUCCGGAGCCCACGGAACCUGUCAAAGUCGUCGACAUAGAACCUGAGAGUAACAACGACGACAACAACUACCCAUACCAGCCCUACCCCAACGCACAGGGGGAGGACCAAGCCAGACCGUGGUCGGGAGAAACAGAAAUUAAUUAAACAUGUCUACUUAUUUCUAGAUUAGUAGCAUAAUAUAAUAUUGUAGGUUAGCGUGUAAAUGUAAGUGGCUGCAUUGGUACAAUAUUAAUUUAAAGGGAUGUAUUUUUGUAAUUAAAAAUUUUU